GUAAGUGCAGUGGUACGACAAUUCAUUGAUAUAAACAACGCAGAAAAAAUAAAUAAUUUGUGUUAAAGCGGGAAUCACGGCAAUAAAAUUUAAAAAUAGUGAGUUUAUCACUUACGUUUUAAAAUAAAUGCACUUUCGAUGAAUAUGCGACAGUGACCAUUAGCAGAGUGGAGUUGUCGAAGUACGCACUUGUUUUGCGAUUCAAAGUGCAUUUUCGCAGGAGGUCAAACACUGCUCACUCGCAUAAACAAUGAGUUCCUUUUUCAACAGCUUUAGGAAUUUUUCGAGCAAACGCGAGAAUGCUAUUAAAGAGGCGCUUAUCAAUACGCUUAUUGAGAACUCACGUGAAAUACAGUAUGAAGUGAAGCAAAGAGGGUGUGAUCGUUUGGAGUUAUGUGAAUCUACUAGCACGCUGUGUACGACGUUGGAGGCAAUUUUCCUGCAUGGCCUGAAAGAUUCACUGCUCUGGAGCACAAUUAAUGUUAUAGCCGGCGAUGAGGAACGGCGACCAGAGCCGAGUUUUUGGGCACCAUUGCUUAUAUUUUUGCACAAGCAAGUGAUUGAACAGGUCCAGUCGCUCUCCCAAAUUACUAGUGAAAUCGGCCAGUGUCGCGCUUGGAUACGUCUGUCACUCAAUGAAUCUCUUUUCUCUGCGUAUUUGAAUAACGUACGCAAAAGCAGUUCAGCGCUUAGCCCUUACUACAAAAAGUUUGCUCUGCUCAAGGACGGUGACGGUCUGGAAAUGGCUGCAAAAGCCAUGGAAGGCAUUGAAGCAUUCGUGCAAUUCAAUUUGCCCGUGAAUUCUAGUUUGCUUAACUAUUGGCCAGAUUACGCGCUGCAAUUGUCAGGCUUAUGGACGCCACCGCUCAAGUCGUGCCCGAUAAGUAGUGGUGUCGAUAUCGCCGACACACUGGCUAUCGAAGAUGAAGAGCCUAUUGAGGCAAUGGCAGCGCUGCCAACACCCCAACCGAUACGCACCAAUGAAGCAUUCACACAAAAAAUUGAAAAUUUACCCAGCAUACAAUCACCAACUGCUGCAGAUAUCGCUGCGCAACGCGAAAAUGUCGAUCUGCUAUUGAAAGCGGUUGAUGAGAUGCAAAUGAUAAGUGAAGAAAAUACUGAAACAGUCAUAAGCAAUAACGCAACUGGCGCCGAAAUUGUGCAGGAAGACAGUGAAUAUGCACAAACAGCCAACAAAACAAAAAAGAAACGCAAAAAAUCACGCGAGCUGGCUGAGGCACGCAUACGAGACUACAUAGCCGGCGAAGCGGGCUAUAGAACAGAGCCAACAUCGCCUACAACACCUGGUAACUCGCUGGUGAAUUUAAUGCACACAUCAUGGUCUGCAGAUGAGGCUUCUGCAUCUGAGUUGAAUACACCCACUUUAGAGCGUCCUUUAUAUAGGCGUGCCUCGAGCAAUGCAAGCACACUUAGCUACAAUACGCUGUUAGGUAAACAUGAACGCGAAAAGUUGCAGAUACAAAUAAAAAAUAAUGCACUAACCGUGGAGCGGACUAGUGUGACUCAUGCAGGUGCGGAUGAUGCUGCGCCACAGAAAAGUGAUAACAAUGGCGGCAGUGAUUCAAUUGAGAGUCAGUUGACACUGGACUUUGAAGUAGUGCCCAAUUCGAAUUUGGCCAAAAUGAAUGUAAGUGAAAUACAAGAGAUGUUGGAACAGACGUAUAAAUUGGCACGUCAGCCUGGUUUGGAUGCGCAAGGUUUUCUCUGUAAAUCAUGCCAACAUCCUUUGGGCAUUGGCUACACGAACUUCCAAGUUUGCGGAUUCAGUGGCAAUUAUUUUUGCGACAAUUGCAUGGACAUGGAACAAAUGAUGAUACCAGCAAAAAUCAUUUACAAUUGGGAUUUUCGCAAGUACACAGUGUCAAAGCGUGCGGCAGCUUUCUUGACCGAGUUUCGCAAUCAGCCUGUUAUUGAUUUAGAACUCUUAAACCCAGAAAUUUACAACGCUUCGGAUGCCAUGGCUGAUUUGCAAUCUUUGCGCAUACGCUUGAAUUUCUUGCGCGCCUAUCUCUACACUUGCGAGCCGAAAAGUAUACAGUUAUUGCAACAACAGUUCUAUGGGCGUGAAUACCUGUACGAGCACAUACAUUUGUAUUCAAUAAGUGAUUUGUUGUUGAUAUUGCGUGGAACACUUUGCCAACAGCUGCAAAAGGCAUACAAAAUAGGCGAAUCGCAUGUGCUGAAGUGCCCGUUGUGCAGUGUCAAAGGUUUUAUAUGCGAGAUAUGCAAGAGUUCACGUGUCUUGUAUCCAUUUCAUAUUGAAACCACAUAUAGGUGCGAAAUUUGUGGCGCCGUUUUUCAUGCUCAGUGCCUCAACGAUCAACAACCAUGUCCGAAAUGCGAACGCAGGCGUAAGCGAGAGGAGUUGGAUUUAGAAGAAUUGAAUGAUAUUGAAAAUAUGCACAGUUUGAAUUCGUCUACUACUAUUAUCAUUGACGAUGUGGAAGAAGAACAGUAAAUGACGUUUAAACGAUUGUAGAGUAAGGCCUUCGCCCACGGGUCGUAUCGUCAGCGUAGCGUAUGCGACUAAGUGCAUGCGAGGCAUACGCUUCGUUAUUGCUCACACGUGUUAAAACGGUGAACCGCACUGGGGUUCGUCAGCCACCUGCUAUCGUCAAAGCAAGUAUACAACAGGGCGCUUGCCAUUAAG